AUGGACAACGACGAGCAAGCAUCCAAAGCAAAGACAACGAGAGUGCCCGAAAAGAAGGAGCGCUGCGAAACAACAGCACCCAAAGGAAAACGGUUUAAAGCCGGGCCAACGAACUACGACAGCGAGCACCGAGCUAAAGUAAUGGCCUUCAGUCAAGCAAUGGUUGGCAAGCGUGUCACCCUCAACACGAAGAAAGAGAACAACUCAAACUGGAAGUACGCCCACGAUCCACGAUUGACGCGGUUUGCGCGGCUUCCCGAAGCUAUUUGCUGUUACGUGGGUCAGCUCAUGCUGCCGGACGAUGCGGGAAACUCACCCUCCAUGAACGUUGCCAACAAGGCUCGCGCAGGAAUAUCGGAGUUCUAUAAGUACAACAACGAUGGAUAUGGAACCAGUUCGUGGUGUGUCAAGGACGGUCAGGGAUAUGGAAAUCCCAUGACGUCUCCUGUUGUGCUGGGUUGCUUCAAGGGCCUGCAAAAGGAAAAGAAGGCGACUCACGUAACGCGACGUGCGCCCCCCAUGACAAAACCGAUGCUGAAGACCCUGUACGCUUUCUUGGACCGUUCCAACGACACAUCGAAAUCAUUCACUCUGUGGUUCAAGGCUGUCACUUCGCUGAGCUGGUACCCGUGCGCCAGAAUGAGUGAAGUCCUUGGUCCACGACCAGUCAACAAGACCCCAACGUGCGUCUCGAGUACCACGAGUACACCUUGCACGACCGAAAAACCGAGUCCGGAAAUGACCGCACAUAUCGUUUGCACCAUUGCCAAGAGCUCUGGGAUAGUGAUAUUUGUGGCAAGCACCACUUCGACUCGUGGAUCGAAUACGUCGACACUGCGAUGA